AUGGCCUGCGUGUGGGAGCGCUUGGACGUCGCCCCGAGCCCAUCUUCUCGCCCAACGGUCAAAGGCAGAAGCUCGCUGGAGACGGUACUGUCGACAUCCGCGGAGCGGGUCCGGUUUGCGUACCGCGGCGAGCAGCGCCUAGUCGGCGGCCUCUGGCCAAUGACGGAAUACUGGUCGACCCUGAAGGCAUGGAAUGCGAUCAGCGAAGAGAUUGUCCAAACCACCUCGCUGCGCCGUCCGGGAACAUUACAUUGUGGUUGGUUCGAAUCCGCAAAGAUGAUGACGUGUGCAAGGUGCGCAUCUACGAUCCACUUGUCACAAGCGUCGAGGAUUGCUCUGGCGCCCAGGUCACUUCCUCGGUGGAUGGAACAAGUGAUGGCCUUCUGCUCGCACCUCUCCAACGGCCCAACAACACCCACUCUCAACGCCCACUAUGUUCUGAACAUCGAACGGCAAGAGGACGAUUGGAGCUGUGGUCACCGGGCAAUUUCCUAUGUGAUGGACUUGUUGAACGAGUUCGACCCAAUUAAUCGUUCACCAGACCUUUUCGCCUGCGAGCAAUUGUAUGACAUGGCACAAGAUCGUCGGCAGUCCGUGGAUUGGGACGGCAAACUCUGGGCAAAAGACCGCAACCUGGGCCAGCCGGAAACUUGCCAAAUGGUGACGUUUAACCAGAAGGAAAUUGCGAAGAAGAAGGCAUCCGAGCCCCCAAGGAUCAGCAAACAAGGAGAACGAUGGGGCGGCGGCGGUCGCGGCGGGUUCUGGUCGUCUGGUCGCGUGGAAGACGUCAGCAACAACGACAAUGCGGCGCAGCGCAAUGACAGCGGCGCCACCGGCAGCGCCAAUACUACGCCCAGUGCUAGUGUUAGCAACGCUGCUGCUGCAUCAGCGCCACAAGAACCGGAAACGUCCUCCGAGAUUGGGCAACAACCCAUCAACCGAUGGCUUUCCACCGACUCCACAGAUCGACCGUCGGCCUUCCACACAUUUGCCGCCGCUCACGCGCGAUUCCGAACCCUCAGCCGGGCCCUCGUCUGGCGGUAUCCAGCGCUCGCCAAUGCCUCAACCGGCGCUCCACGAUGUUCUUCCGCCAAUCCCAACUGUGGAAGACGAGGACUCGAGCGGGUGAACGACCACGCCAUCUCCUUGCAGCCCAUC